AUGUCUAAUAUCUAUGAGUUAGACAUUGAUGAUGGAAAAGAGCAAGAUAAUGAAAAGUUAGUUCAUGCUCAAAGUGAUAUGUACCCUAAUAACUUUGGUAGAACCUAUUCAACUUCGAGUACCAAUUCAUUACAUAACUAUCAACCAAAAAGAGAAUCACCAUCAUUUAUUCAUAGAUCAAUAGAGAAUAUCAAAGAAUGUAAAAUUUUGAAUUUAUUCAAAAGAGUUUCUUUCUAUAUUGUAUUCAUAUGCAUUGUAAUGUUCAUAGUGGAGAUCUCUAUCGAUGGGCUAGCUUCAAUGAGAUCAAACUUAUUAGGUCCACCUAUAUCAUCACUUAUUUUAUUAGGUGCUACUUAUUUACCAGGAUUAAUACAAGAUAAACAAAGUAAUUAA